CGGCGGCACAGCGCCCUCGGUGGUGGUGCCGCUGGUGGGAGGCGUCAGUUAGUGAGCCGGCCGGCUGUCCACAGAAGCACAAGUCGACCCGGAUGCUGAUCCUGGCGCCACCGCCCACCCCGGACCAGGCCCAAAUUGGCAGGACCGUGCCUUCGCAGCUAGGCCAGACACACACGCCCUCUGACUGGUCGGCGCUGAUAUGCUUCAAUUACACACGACCGAUGCUCAAUGCGACCAUGCGAGGCGACCGUCCAGGGCCCUGGAGUGAGUAGCGUGUCGUUGCAUGUACCACGCUGUUAUUAAAUCAUCUUGUUCCCCCACCUCGACGGCCACCGUUUCGCGUGAAUCGUAUCACAGUCGUGUCUGGGUGCAAAGACACGAACACCAUCCACCAUGGCGAACGUCAACGAGGUCAUUGACCACACGGUCAUGCCAAUGGGCAACAUCAACCCAGACGUGCCACCUCUUACCGAGAAGCGCAAUGUCUUCAACACCAACACACAUGGCGAGGCUCAGGAAGUCCCCUCGCCGUCGUCAGAGACUGGCAAUGAGAAGGAUCUCGACAAAGUGGGCCACACUUACGUGGGCGAGAUGGAAGAGGUCGACUUCGAGAAGCCGGGUCAAGAAGCGCCCGAGGCUGAUCCAUUCACGCCCUUCGACGACCUUCCGGAAGAGCGACACUACAUCGUCACCAUCCGCGCUAUCCUCGUGGGUGUUGUUUGCGGUGCUCUCGUGAACGCCUCCAAUGUCUACCUCGGAUUGAAGACAGGAUGGACUUUCGGCGCGUCUCUGUUCGGCGCCAUCAUUGGUUUCGCUGUGCUCAAGCCUCUUGGGCGCAAGCUGGGAGAGAAUAUCCCAAUCUUGGGUGGUGAAUUUGGUCCUCGCGAGAACAACAUUGUCCAGACCGCUGCGACAGCCGCAGGUGGUUUGAGCAGUGUGUUCAUCUCUGGUAUCCCAGCUCUUUAUCAACUUGAUCUGCUGUCGACCCCAAGGGAGGACUUCCCACGCCUGAUCACCUUGACUCUGGUCGGUGGCUACUUUGGAUUCCUCAUGUCGACUCCUCUCCGGAAGUUCUUUAUCAUCUACGUGGCCAGAGAACUGCGACUGAUUUUCCCAACUCCAUCUGCUACCGCCAUGACGAUCCGAGCUAUGCACAUGGCCGCGACUGGUGAAGCCAUUGCCAAGAUGAAGAUGCGAGCUCUUUCCAUCGCAUUCUCCGUCGCCGUUGUGUUGCGCGUGGUGUCCCAAUAUUGCAUUGGUAUCCUCUGGGAUUGGCACAUCUUCACCUGGUUCUUCAUCUGGGGCAACUACAACAACGCUGCCAUCAAUGUCGAGAACUGGGGCUGGAUGAUCGAGUGGACUCCAGCCUUCAUUGGCGCUGGGAUGCUGGUCGGUCUGAAUACCGCCAUCUCCUUCUAUGCUGGUUCGAUCAUCGCCUGGGGUAUCAUCGGACCAACUCUCGUUCACUACAACGUUGCGUUCGGUCUACCAGCCGCUGAGGAGGGAUCCAAAUGGGAGGGUUAUGUCUCGUUCGCUUCGCUGGGCACAGCAGCAUCGACCAAAGAUACUCCAUCCCCUCGUUUCUGGCUGCUCUGGCCUGGUGUCUUACUCAUGAUCGUCGUCUCAUUCGUCGAGCUCGGUCUGCAGUACAAGGUCUUCUACCACGUCUCCAAAGCAAUUUACCGCGGAACCUGCUCUGGUAUCAACAAUGCACGCAUUGCUCUCGGUCGCGGUUCUAGCGCGUCUCUGGAGCGCAAGGGUGCUCAAAAGCAGGACGAUCUCGUCAAGGACUUUGCGGAGGACAGCGAGCUGGUCAAGUGGUGGAUGUGGCUCCCCGCCCUCAUCAUUGUCAUCAUCCUCACUUGCGUGGUCACGGGCGUGCAAUUCGACAUGCCUGUUGGCAUGUCAUUGCUGUCGAUCUUCCUCGCAUUCUUCUUCUCUCUGCUGGCGGUCCAGUGCACUGGUGUGACCGACAUCACCCCAUUGACCGCAGCAUCGAAGGCUUCGCAAAUCGUCCUCGGUGGGGCUACCAAAGGCGAGGGCUGGGAAGUCGAGCACGCUCAGCGACUCAACCUUCUCGGUGGCUCCCUUGCUUCCAUUGGUGCCAAUCAAGCAUCCGAUCUUGUCGGCGACUUCCGUGUUGGGUUCCUGCUCAAGACUUCGCCUAAGCAGCAAUGGGUCGCCCAAGGUCUGGGCACGAUUGUUGCAGUCUUUUUGGCCCCAGCCCUCUUCAUGCUCUUCGCGAAGGCAUACCCUUGCAUUCUGGACAUCAACGCUGAGACCUGUCCAUUCAGUGCUCCAUCCGUCUCCGCUUGGAGGGCUGUCGCUGUGGCCAUGACCGAUCCAGAAUUCCCAGUGCCAACCAGCAGUGGUAUCUUUGCCAUCAUCUUCUCCAUCUUUGGUGCCGUCAUGAUUAUCAUCCGUCAUUACGCCUACCGCGGAACUUGGGAGAAGUACCGUGUCUACCACCCCAACAUGAUGUGCAUUGGUCUUGCAUUUGUCCUGCCACAAACCUACUACGGUUUGGCCAUGAUUAUCGGAGCUUUGCCAUGCUACUACUGGGCGAAGCGCAACCCACAGAGCUUCGACAUUUACGGGUACGCAAUCGCUGCCGGUCUCAUUGCUGGCGAGGGUAUCGGAGGUGUCAUCAACGCCAUCUUCCAAGUCGCAGGCAUUGCCGGACCAGACCCAUACGGCACGAACAUUGCGUGUCCGAACGACGCUUGCUAGUCAGGUCACUCAUGAUUGACUGAUGUUGCAUAUGAGCGCUUCGUGUAUUAAUCAUAUCAGACGAAUGACGAUGUCAUGAUGAGGGAGAGGCUUUCCAGAUGACUCUCACUUAUGGCUUGUAGACAAUACCCCAUCUCUUCGAUGCGAAUGCUACAGCUUCAACUGUUCACAAAGUCUCCGUCUCUUCUCUCUUUGCAGCCUUGAUGCCUCGUUAUCGCGCACGCCUGAUGCGAAUUGGGGGGUAAAGAGGGUUCCUGCUGUCAAAAUGCGAAACAAGCCCUUGCAAGAAAAAGUCUGGUGAACGAAGCGACAUGCCAGGGAGCGAAGAAUACGAGAACCCAAGCAGCAGACGUCCCGAUAGACUUAUAGCCCUG